UUUUAUCUGUACAGUAUUGUAUCUCUAGCCGUUAGAUUAAUCUCCCCUUAAAUCAGAACCCCAGCCCCUCCCAAACCCAUACCCCAGACAGCCAUUCUUCCACCCCUCACCUCGUCACAACCACCCGUCCCUGCCACGCAUUAUAGCGUCGCGUUUAUAUCACCAGAUGGACAAGGUCAGGAUAGAAGAGGUUCAUUCCACUGCUAAGAAGCAGGGCAUAGCCGCUCAUACCCACAUCAAGGGCCUUGGUCUUGAGUAUUGGAAGGGUUACAAGGAUUUCUGGUGCGAAAGGUUCUCCUUCCUCAGCAACUACUCGAAGUUCAUCAAGCGCGAUAAACCUCUUCCACCUUGGUCUGUGUCUGAUGUCGAAGCUUUCAUUGCUUUUGACCUUGUUCAUGGCCCCGCUCUGAAGACUGCUAGGGAAGCAGUGAACUUUGGUCUUACAGGAAGUGUUAUUGGAGCAGUAUCAACUGCUGGCUUUACGUGGAAAUAUUCUAGGAGUUUGCAUGGUGCUGGACUAUCCUUUCUAGCUGGAGGUGUUUUUGGUUGGACAUUUGGACAGGAAAUUGCAAACCACUGGCUGCAACUUUACAGGUUGGACACGUUGGCUGCACAAACUAAGUUCCUGAACUGGUGGGAAGACAAGAAUGAGAGACGGUCUUAAACUUGGGUCGCUCGUUGGAAGCAAUAUAAUAACUGAUGCUCCAGUUCUACAAUAAGAAUCAAACAUAGUUGUGUUUGAUAAAAGGUUGUACUUUACCUUUAUGCUGGAUUGUUUUUAAUUUGGGCUUUAGGAAUUAUCUGUUACUUUCUCAGAAUCAAUCUGAUGAAAUUGCGAUGUUGUGAUCUUUUUUGAGCUGUUAUUUUGUUUAACAGUUUGAACUCUGUGAAUUGUGAUGAAUUUUUAUGGGGGCUGAAAAUAACGCUGCAUUUGGUGAUGAAAUUUAGAUGUUAUGGGAGACGUUAUUCUG